UCCGCUCCUCGCACCAUACCCCAAUCCGCAUACGAGUAGCAUCAUGUCCAGCUCCGCCCUCUACCUGUUGGUUGCCACCUGCUGCAUCGCCACCAUUGUCUCCGCCAACCGUCCCGGCUAUGGCCACGGUCCCAGCCACGGUCCCAGCUACGGUGCCAGCUACGGAGAUGUGGUUAAGGCCGCCGAGACCGCUGAGGCUCAGGCCUCUGCUCUGACCAAUGCCGCCGGAGCAGCUGCCUCCGCCGCCAAGUUGGACGGUGCUGACUGGUAUGCCCUCAACCGUUAUGGAUGGGAGCAGGGCAGGCCCCUGUUGGCCAAGCGUUAUGGUCCUCUGGACAAGCUCUACGCCGCUGCUCUGCCACCACGCUCUUUCGUGGCUGAGAUCGACCCAACUUUCAAGAAGAGCCACUACGGAGGCGGAUAUGGUUAUGGUGAGGGUGUGAAGCUCAACACCGAGUCCAAACUGGCGGUCGUUGCCGUCUAAGAGCACCUGUUUUAAUUGCUCAAAAAGUCUUAAUAAAUAGUGAUAGCUUAAAGCGAAAAAAAA